AACCCUCUGUUCUUAUUUAAAAGGUGUCCAAGUUACAUAGAAACACAAAAUCUAACAAGGGUCUCAGAAUUCUCCCUCAUGGAACUCUCAAAUGAUCCAGAACUGCAGCCCUUCCUCUUUGGACUGUUCCUGUUCAUGUACCUGGUCACCAUGUUGGGAAACCUGCUCAUCAUCCUGGCUGUCACCUCUGACCCCCACCUCCACACCCCCAUGUACUUCUUCCUCUCUAACCUGUCCUUGGUUGACCUUGGUUUUGUCUCCACCAUGGUCCCCAAGAUGAUUGUGGACAUCCAGACUCACAGCAUUGUCAUCUCCUAUGUGGGCUGCCUGACUCAGAUGUCUUUUUUUAUCCUUUUUGCAUGUAUGGAUGAUAUGCUUCUGACUGUAAUGGCCUAUGACAGGUUUGUGGCCAUCUGUCACCCACUUCACUACCAGGUUAUCAUGAACCCAUGCCUCUGUUGUAUUUUCAUUUUGGUAUCUUUUUCUGUUAGCCUUUUGGAAUCCCAGCUGCACAAUUUUAUUGUAUUACAAUUUACCUGCUUCAAGGAUGUGGAAAUUUCUAAUUUCUUCUGUGACCCUUCUCUGCUACUCAACCUUGCCUGUUCUGAAACUUUCACUAAUAAUAUAGUCAUGUAUUUUAUUGGUGCCAUCUUUGGUGGUAUUCCAAUCUCAGGGAUCCUUUUCUCUUAUAUACGAAUUAUUUCCUCCAUUCUGAGAGUCCCCUCAUCAGGUGGGAAGCACAAAGCCUUCUCCACCUGUGGCUCUCAUCUGUCAGUUGUUUGCUUAUUUUAUGGAACAGGCCUUGGGGCGUACCUCAGCUCAGCUGCCUCACAUUCUCCCAGGAAGGGUGUGGUGGCCUCAGUGGGGUACACUGUGGUCACCCCCAUGCUGAACCCCUUCAUCUAUAGCCUAAGAAACAGGGACAUCAAGAGGGCCCUAUGGAGGCUCCUCAGAAGAACAGCUUAA